CAGUUGAACGCAGACAUGUGAUUCUCCCUGUAAGCUAAUUUUUAAAGGACAUUCUUCACCCUUAUUGAAUAAUUUCAACUCUUCAUGUUUUUUUAACGAGAAAAGAAGAUUAUAAACAGGAGUAUUGACAAAAACGAUUUGUCAUUUUAAUAAUUAGUGGAAUUUACAAAAACAAGAGUAUAUUAUUUAUACUAUUAGUUGGAAAAUAGACGUACUUUUGUAUUUUCUCUGUGAGAAAAGCACAAAGGAAAAAGAUUUAUACAUUUGUUAGCAGACGACAAACAAACAGUCAUUUUUGAAGAAUUGUUUUUACUGAAAACAAAAUAAAAUAUAUUUUUGACUAAAAAAUGAAACUCUUAACGCAUAAUAUGUUGACUUCCAAGUGUUUGAAGGGUGUUUCAGUUGGAUAUCCACUUGCAAUUGUGGCAAAGGAUAUUAAACUUUGCGAUGUGGACUUUAAUUCAGAAUUUAUUGUUAGAAUAAUUCCAAAAUUGGAUUGGUCAGCUCUUUGGAAAGCCGCAGAAAGUAUAGGACACGUGGGCGAAUUGCCACAAACUCUAGUCGACGAUUUUGAAUCGAAUGAAGAUUUCUUGAAAAAAGUCCAUCACGUUCUGAUGGAAGUUGAAGUAAUAAACGGCGUACUCUUGUGUCCCGAAACCGGAAGGAAAUUUCCGAUUAGUGACGGAAUUCCAAAUAUGUUGCUUAACGAGGACGAGGUAUAGAUUCAAAGAAUUCCAUUUUCCAUAAACAUCGCAUUUAUCACCCACUUCACUAAAUAAUAAACAAAUAUUAUUUGUGUCAAAAAAAAAAAUUAAUUGCUUUCGAAUCAAUUUUUCUAAAUUUUUAGUUUAUAAUUGCGUUUCUAUCUUCUUUAUCGAAUACAGAAAUUUGAUAGUUUCUAUUUUGUUAUGACAUUUUUAGAUUUAAGAUACGACCAAUCGAUGUAAUAUGUAGUCGCUAGUUUUUAAGGAGAAGAAGAAUAAUUAUGUACAAUUAGAAAAUUUAUCGUUAUUGUUUUCAAUAUAAUAUAGUAAUAGUAAUAAAGAAAAAAAGAAUAAUUCUUA